GGCACUGACACAGAAUAGUAGCACUGAUUUUGACUUUCGAUGCUACAAUCAACAGAAUUUUCUUGUUGUUUAGAUAACAAAACCACAAGCCAGUUCAGCCAGUUGAGAUUGUUGUAAAUUACUGGAAAGGUACUUAUAAUGUUUCAAGAUAUAAUAUACAAUAAACAAAAUUUAUAGAGACUUGAGAAAAAGGUGAUAUUUAAAAUUAUACAAACUAAAACCAUGUCAUAUCAACUAUAUAGAAAUACAACUUUGGGGCACACAUUGCAAGAGAGUUUGGACGAAUUGAUACAGUAUGGACAAAUAACUCCACAGUUAGCUUGCAAAGUACUAUUGCAGUUCGACAAAUCCAUUAAUCAAACACUAGCGACUCGAGUUAAGGCAAGAUUGACAUUCAAAGCUGGUAAAUUGAAUACCUAUCGAUUUUGUGACAACGUAUGGACAUUUAUGCUCAAUGAUGUGGAGUUCCGAGAGGUUCAAGAGAUUACAAAAAUUGACAAGGUUAAAAUUGUUGCGUGUGAUGGCAAAAAUGUCAAUGAAGAAGGAAGUUCAAAAAAAUAAUAUGAAUAAUUGACUAUUAUUGGCUGCAUGUAAAUAGAUUGAUAAAACUUUCAAAAAUACACUUCUAGAAUUAUGA